CUUUGCUCAAAACUCUUCAUCAGGGAACAGUAGACUUCUUGUUCGCCAGAGAAGUGGCUGAAUGAACCUGCUAGUAGGGAAGAAAAACCACUAGGAUCAUUGUGGCUUCUUAAGGACCAAAACGUGGCAUUAAUCCAAUCCCUCUUCUACCACAAUAAUUCAGUUUAAAGUGGUUGCAUCAUGAGUCGGUGGAAGCCAUUAAUUGAAUUUCUUCUAAUCACAGCUGGAGCAGUUUUUUCUUGCGCUGGUAACAUGCUGGAUAAAGAGGCAUCAAAUAGGACAAACCUACGACCCACCUCAUCUCUGCAGGCAUUUCCUGACAGCUCCACUCCUUCCAAUUCCCAAGCCAUGAUUCGUCCAUAUAGUCAUUCACAAGCAUUGGCUAAUCGAUUAGGCCAUGGAAUAGCACAAGGAAUUUCUUCAGCGCCUACAGCUAAGGCAGAAUCCAUCCCAUUGACAGAAUUACAGGCUUUGUGGGAAUCCAUAGCGGCUGCAGGGACAACAGUUUUGCCAUCUGACACACAAACUGAUUGGACCGAAACCCACAAAGCUUUAAAAACAAGAACGGUGUCUCAAGAAACAACCUCAAAACUGCGACUAUCAGCUAGUCGAAAAAAAGUGACUCCUGUUUUGAGCACAACUAAGGAAAAUGUAUAUAAGACUCUCUCCAGGGCUACUGACCAGCACACCACAAAGCUGAGGAAACACACAACCACUGAGAAAACAAGUUCUGCAGCACACAAGAGCAUGACAUCUGUUCAGGCCACUUCGCCUGUACCAACAAGUCAAACUGGACCAAGAUUGGCACUUCAACCAUCACCAGCUAUUACGGGCACUUACAGUGUUUCCAACGGAACUGCAGAUUGCAUUAAAGCCUUAACUGGCUUGACGAUGAUUGUUACGAACACAAAAACGGGCGAACUAGAAUAUUUUAAUAUUGAUCCCAACGCCACACAGACUGCAGGAUAUUGCGGAUAUAGCCAAUCAAUGCUCAACAUCUCGUUUGAUGGUGGCUUCAUAAAAUUUAUUUUUACUAAGAAAGAAAUGGUCUAUUAUAUCAGCGUGACUGAAGCUUCUUUGACAGUUCUCUCACAAGGUUUUGUGUACAACGGAAUUAAAAACGAGCAGCUCUUUUCCACAGCUGUGGGAAACUCCUUCAAAUGUCUCAGUAAGCAAACGGUGAGCUUGGCCAGCAACUUUCAACUGCAGGUUGCCAAUUCCCAGCUUCAAGCUUUUGAUAUCGUAAACAACCAAUUUGGAAAAGAAGAGGAGUGCACUUUGGAUAGAAACAAGAGGCUGAUCCCAGCAACAAUUGGCUUCAGUCUGUCGGGAUUAAUCAUCAUCAUCCUGUUCUCCUGUGUGCUUUAUAGAAGGAAUACUCACUCUGGAUACAGCCGUAUCUGAAUCCCGAAGUUUAUUUAUGAAUGGGUAUAGAGCAGGGGCCUUCCAACUUGGCCCUUUUAUGACUUGUGGACUUCAACUCCCAGAAUUCCUCAGCCAGCCAGGCUGGCUGAGGAAUUCUGGGAGUUGAAGUCCACAAGUCAUAAAAGGCCCAAGUUGGAAGACCCCUGGUAUAGAGCAACAAAUGAUAAGAACAGCAAGAAUGGGAGAUUCUACUUGCUUUGCGGUGUCAAUCAGAUAUGCCAAUAGCAGUUGAGCAUCUUUAAAUGAUUUUUAAAUUUCUGACACUUUUAACACUUAAUCAGAAAUUAAUCAGCUCAAUGCAUGAGCCAACAUGUCUAUUAUCUAUAUACAACAGCAGCAAAGUAUUUAUUUGCUUGGGCGCUAUUGGGUUUUUUUUAAUUCAUCUGCAUGUAUUUGCAAUUGUAAUCCAUGAAUUCAAUUAAGAUUAAUACUGUAGUAAUAAUGUGUGUGUCCCUUUAUCGCAAUUUAUCAGACAGAUCUGUCUGCAGUAGACACAUUGUAAGGGAUGCUUAGGCAAAAACUUCAACAAGCAUUAUGCUCUGCAUUUUAAUAACAGUUUUGUCACGCAUUGAGGGCAGGACAGGAAGCAAUGGGUGGAGGUUUAUCAGAGGAUAAUUCAACCUGGAACUAAGGAGGAAUUUCCUGCCAGCAAGAACAAUUAAUCAGUGGAACAGCUUGCCGCUCAGAAUUGUGGGUGCUCCAACACUGGAAGUUUUUAAGAAGAGACUGGAGAGCUAUUUCUCUAGGAUGAGAUAAAGACUACUGUCUUGAGCAGGGGGUUGGACUAGAACAGUGUUUCCCAAACUUGACAAUUUUAAGGCAUGAGGACGUCAACUCCCAGAAUUCCACAGCCAGCAACGCUGACUGUGGAAUUCUGGGAGUUGAAGUCCACAUGCCUUAAAAUUGUCAAGUUUGGGAAACACUGGACUAGAAGACUCUCUUCCAGUCCUAUAUUUCAAUGGUUCUAUGACUGAAAUUAAUUAUUUUACAUUACUCCUUAGUUUAGGGAUAGGAUGUCAGCCCUUCUCUAGUUUCUGAAUGUAGGAUAUUUUCAAAAUUAACCCCAUGCCAACUAAUCACUCAGAGAUCAUUAUUUCAUACCUGCUGCCAACUUCAAGUUUACAAUAAUGAGUGGAUACACCCUUUAUACUAAGCCAUGACUUCAUCAUGGCUUAUUGAGAAGCCAUUAACUGGCUUGGUAAUAAAUAAUGGUUUAUGAAA